AUGUUUCACGCCAAGUCCAGUUUAGAAUCUCUCAGUAGCUAUCUCGUCUACCGGGUAGGCAAACAAAAGGUCCGCAACUUGAAACUCGACUGGCGUCUGGGACUGACACGUCACCAUGCAGCCCCGUUAUUGGCUCAUGUAUGCAGCACGGCGCGUGGUCGAGACCUACCGGACCAAACUGGUGGAUCAAUAGCCCUGAUCCGAAGAGAGACUCCCCCUGCGACAGCAGACGAGAAGCAGGCCGAUGCAGACAUGCAGCAUGCACUAUGCAGCGAGGACGUGCCAGCGGUUCAGUGGUCCAAUAGCAGCUGGCCAGGUUGA